CACCCACUCCCUAUAAAAGAUGGAAGCCGUCCAAAUUACCAAUUUCGUAUCUUCUAUCUCCGAAAUUCAGCCAAGUAUCAUUCCCCGGCCCCGAAAUCCUCAGCGUGGCGAGGUUUUAAUUCGGGUUCAUUAUGCAGCAGUGAACUAUGUGGAUCUGCUCUACGCCAAAGGGAAACAUCAGAACAACCGCACUCUCAUUCAACCGCCAUUUACACUCGGCUUGGAAUUUUCGGGAGUUAUAGUCUCAUUGGGUAUUAUUGAUGAUCAAAAAGAAGAACACGAUAACGCCUUGAAGAUAGGUGAUCAUGUAUUUGGGUCGGGAAUUGGAGCCUAUGCGGAGUUUAUCCUAGUCUCGAAACGAGCUAUUCGUCGGGUCCCUCAGGGUUGGUCUUUAGGAGAUGCCGCUACCCUGGCUGCAACCGCAACGGUUGCAUAUGGUGCCAUUUCUGCUCGAGCGCAGGCGAAAAAAGGGGAAAUAGCUUUGAUCCAUGGAGCUGCUGGAGGCAUUGGGGCAUAUGCAUGUCAAAUUGCCAAAGCCUUGGGUCUUAGAGUGAUCGCUGGCGUGCGGAACAAAGGCGACGACGACAAAAUGCGCUUUUUGACAGAUUUGGAAUGUGUAGAUGGCAUCGUCCAAACUAGCCAGGACGGCCGAUGGGAAGAUGAGGUGAUGAACAUGACUAGUGGAAAUGGAGUGGACAUUGUUAUUGACACUGUCGGUCUGGUUCGAAGGAGUAUACGAACGUUGAAACCAUUAGGUGGUAGAAUUGUGGUGGUUGGAUUCGCGGGCAGAGAUGACAAGAGUAUAGAAUCGAUACCGAUGAAUGCUGUUCUUCUAAGACAGGCACAAUUGCUUGGAUAUAGAUAUGGUGCUACAGACAGAAUUAAUCCCGAGGAGACUAGACAGAUACAUGACGGGUUAAUGAGUCUUAUUGAAAAAGGACUCAUUAAACCAGUUACUUACAAGAGGAAUUAUUCUGGUAUACAUGAUAUUACUCAGGCAUUGUUAGAUCUAGAGUCACGAGAAACCUGGGGCAAGAUCGUUGUAUCUAUUACACCUGACGAGCUCAAGGCAAGCCUUUAGAGUCUAGUAAUUAAUGAUUAGCCAAAUGGGUUAUCCUAUUAUAUGCUGCCGUUAUAUAAAUUGUCUAAUAAUAACCAUCAGUGUUUGUGAAUAUUAUAAUGAAAG